UGUCAUGGCGCUAUAUCGGGUACGUUGUUUGAGAGAAACUUUCUACCGCAAAUUAUAACGUAAACCAUUCCUCGAAAACGAAGCGGUAGAGGCUGCAUCGUCAAAUUUCACAAUCAUGGAGAAUCGGAGUAACGAAUUAAUGGCGGGAAUGUCAGCGUUACCUCCGUUACCUGUGAUCGUGAAAGAGGAGCCUUCGGAGCAAAACGGCAACUCGAAGCAGGACUCACAACAAUCCCAAACGCAGGAUGCAAUUUGUAUCGAUGAGGAAUGCGGGGAUCAACGUAUCGAGUGCACUACCGAAAGUCAAGAGAGCGAGAUCCGCGCGUUGUUAAAGUGUGUUUUUUGUAAUAAAGUAUUCGUCCUGGGAGAUGAUCCAAAGCUUCUGGAGUGCUUACACGCGGCUUGUGCAACAUGUGCUACUAAUAAACUCAGUGAUCACAAUACAUCAGUGGAUGUGGAUGUGCUGUGUAUGUCAUUGGAGAGCAACCUGAUUACGUGUCAUAUUUGCAAUGUAACUACCAAAGUGGAAAAUUUGAUUGAAAACAGAUUUCUCUUAAAAUUAUUGGAGGAAGAUAGCAACAUGGGAUUGGAUGACGAACCUAAAGAAACUGAAGAGGAAAAAAAAUGUACCAGUUGUCACGAUAACGCUACUGCUACUAGUUGGUGCGUCGAGUGUGAAGAAUUUAUUUGCCAGAAUUGUGUUAUGGCGCAUCAAAGAUUAAAGAUAACUAAGGAUCAUACAAUUAAACCCAAGGAUGAAAUGACAAUUGACAAUAGAGAUAAUGUCAAAAGAGGCAAUAAGAAAAUACCUGGAUACUUGUUUUGCACAAUUCAUUGUCACGAACAUUUAUCUUUAUUUUGUCAGACAUGUGAUAAACUAACCUGUAGAGACUGUCAACUCAGUGAACAUCGUGAUCAUAAAUAUAAAUUUAUUCAUGAAAUUGCUGCUGAAACUCGUUCCUCCAUGUCUUCUUUGCUCAAAGAUGUAAGCUACAAACAAGCAUUAUUAAAAAGCGCGAUGAAAGUUACAGAGGAUAGGCAAAUUUUAAUAUUGGAGAAGAAAAAGAAUCUUGUUCAAGAUAUAACACAAAUGGUAGUGCAAUUAACAAACGCAAUUAAUACAAGGGGAAAACAAUUGGUAAUGAGAUUAAAUGAGGUGUGCGAUCAAAAACAGAAUACAUUAAAUGAGAAGAAAGUAACUUUAGAUCAGUUAUCCAAACUUACGAAUCAUUGUAUACUCUUUGGCACACAUGCUUUGAAUAAAGGCUCAGAUAUGGAAUUAUUAUAUAGUAAAAAAUCUAUUACAAAUCAUUUAUUAAGGAUAAAAAGCAAACGAGCCGAUAUUCCAAAUCCCGAGAUACCGGUCAGAAUACAUUUGUCUCUGGAAAAAGUACCAGAUUUAAUAAAAGUGGUAUCCUCGAUUGGUGCGAUAGUCGUUGAUGGCAGAGUAUAUCCAUCCGUAUCUCCUGCGAAUAAGAACACAACAUAUAAUGAACAGCAAGGUGAACCAAAGCAAACGAUAAGUUCGAUGAAUACUCAUGCGGAUGGUACUAUUCCGAUUAUUCAACAAGGGUUGUCGUUAUCAGGAGCGACUAUAACACAACAAUCUACCAAUAUACAACAAAAUUCUUAUCAGCAACAAGUGCCUCUGCAUUUAUCUCAACAGCACGCGCAACAGCAAUCUCAAAAUUAUAUGCAACAGUAUACUACCACAUCACACAAUAUGCCGCCACGAUCAUCGCCACAGACGCAUCAGCCGCGUAUACCAUAUUCUGCCAACUAUAAUAAUAACAACAGGUUACAACAACCUUUGGUGAUGCAUCAGCAACGUCCCCCACUAGGUAACUGCCAUCAACAAGUGACAUCGUCCACGCAUCCACAUCAGCAAGUCCAGAAUCUCGAUCAGCUUGGACAGAACUCGAGUUUACGCGGGCUUCUGGCGCAUAAUCCUUCCCUUCCGCCACCCCCUUACCCGUCGUUCCGAACAUCCAAUCAUGUAUCGUAUCGUUUACCACCUGGAUAUAGAUAUUCCUCAAGUGGUAGCCCUCAGAGAGGAGCAGCGAUAGUUCAAGUACCACCGCAUCACGCAUAUCAACAGGCAAGUGCGCCCGUUGGAACGACACGUUUGCCUCAAUGUAAUUUAACUCCCCCAUCGACACAACACCUCGGGAAUUAUCCUGUGCAACAUCGUUGGCAUAUACCUCAGCAAGCGAAUCCUUGCCUUCCCUCUUAUACUUCCGCAUCUCGACCUCAGCACGCAGCUCCCAAUAUGACAGUUCUUCCUACCAAUGAGGGAUACAAGAUCACUUUAAGAAAUCAACAGACCAGCAAUAAUCAAAAAUAUAACGCUAACAUCACAAACGUUAAUUCGUGCGAUAAUUCGUCGCAAUCGCAAAAUUCUUCUACCGUUUCACUAUUACAAGCUGUCAGUUCGUCUAUACCCAAAACGCCUAGUCCUGUUACCACGCCUGGCAAAUCGGACGACACCGAGAAAAGUCUAGAUAAGUUUUGUCAGAAAUCAUUGAAUGAUUUGAUGCUCACUAUCGCGAAAUUAGAUAGCAAUGGAAUUCUGGUGAUACCGGAAGCUCAAAGAAAUCAAAUGGAUUCGGCACAAGUCGAUAGUUCCACCGACGAGGAUAUAAACUCGAUGACUGAAAAUACAACAGCAGAAAAUUCGAAAAGUACAACGACGUCAAUGGUAAUGAAGGACGAUCCGAACGAGGACUGGUGCGCCGUAUGUAUGGAUGGAGGAGACGCGGUGUUAUGUUGUGAUAAAUGUCCAAAAGUCUUCCAUCUUUAUUGUCAUAUACCUAGCUUAAAAUCAUUUCCGGACGAAAGUGAAACUUGGCAAUGUAUGUUGUGUACAAAUGUACUUGAAUGUUCGGACGAUAUAUCAAGUAGUGAAAAAAGACCAAACAGUAUGAAUAUUAAAGAAUUGCGAAUUGCGCAAAGAAUUGUCCUAGAACUUUACUGUCAAUAUGAGCAGAGUCUUCCUUUUCGGGAGGUUGUAUCGAGUGAGAUCACUGAUUAUCAUCGAAUUAUCAAGAAGCCGAUUGCGUUAGAUAUAAUCAGAGAUAAAUUAAAACCCGAUCAUACAGAACAUUACAUAGAUUUAAGACAAGUCAUGGCGGACAUCAGACUCAUGUUUAAAAACGCUUUUACUUACAAUCCCGUGGAUUCACAAGUUUAUCAAGAAGCUAGAAAUUUAGAAGAGUUUUUUGAGAAAUUGUUAUUAAAAUGGGCACCAAAUUAUGCAUAUGAUGAUCCUUUUCUCGCACCUGAUAAAGACGAAGACGAAGAAGUUUUUCCACCUAAUAGAAAAUAUAGACGCAUAAUUAAUGAUUAGUAGAUUACACAAAUGAGGAGUCAUCAAUUAUAUGUCAUCGGGAACAAUUGUUUUAUCUGAAACUGGAUUUUUCUUGCAAUUAUAUAUACAAGCUAUAUUUCGAUAUACACUGGCAUAUUAGAAAAUCUAUAGUUUACGUUACAUAUAUCAUAGAUUUUUUGUAUUGGCACAGUGUAUAUUGAAACAUAGUUAUAAUUGUAUCAACUAUACUAAUUAUUAAUUGUGUGUAUCACUACAGUUAAUAAUUUGGUAGAUUGUGAUAAAUACUAUUGAAACUAUUCAUAAUAGGAAUAAUUUUAGGAACUACGCUUGCAAAGCACGUGAAAAAAUAUACGUUUUAUUUUAUUUUUGAAAUAUUCGUAAUUAAUUUUUUCGGUUUCUUUCAUUCGUCAAAUGAUAUCAAUACUCUAUAGUUAGUCAAUGUUAUUAAUAUAACAUAUAAUUCUUUUGGUAUGUUUCAAUUAUCGAACAUAUGUGUAUUUUAACGAGAUAUUUGCACAUGACGACACAAUAGCUUUUAGUUAAAUUUGACUAAACAUUAUAUUAAGUUUAUAGAUUAUUUUAAAUAUAUAAUAUUAUGCUUAAAAAAUUUUAUCGCCUUAGUGAAUUUGCAUAAUGCUUCUUAACAUUAUAUUCGAUUAAUAGGAUAAUUAAUUUAAUAUACAAUUGUUUGUUAAAUAACAUACUUUGCGAUUUUUUCAUUGCAUGCAAAAUAUUUUAUAAAAUAUAUAAGAAUAAAAUUUCAUUUACAAUA